AUGGCUUUGCAAGCACCGACGUUUAUACAGCCUUUACAAAGUGUUGUGGUACUGGAGGGUAGUGCCGCAACCUUUGAGGCUCAGAUUAGUGGUUUUCCAGUUCCUGAGGUGAGCUGGUUUAGGGAUGGCCAGGUUAUUUCCGCUGCAACACUGCCCGGCGUGCAGAUCUCGUUUAGUGAUGGCCGCGCUAAACUUGUAAUCCCCGCCGUUAAAGCCGCAAACAGUGGAAGAUAUUCCCUAAGAGCCGCCAAUGGAGCAGGACAAGCAACUAGCACUGCUGAGCUACUUGUUACAGCUGAAACAGCACCCCCAAUUUUCACACAAAGACUACAGACUACAACAGUAAGACAAGGAAGUCAAGUUCGUCUUGACGUAAGAGUGAGUGGAAUCCCUACACCUGUGGUGAAGUUCUACAGAGAGGGAGCUGAAAUUCACAGCUCCCCAGAUUUCCAGAUCCUUCAAGAUGGAGACCUCUACAGUUUAAUCAUUGCAGAAGCAUACCCCGAAGACUCCGGAACUUAUUCUGUAAAUGCAACCAAUAAUGUCGGACGUGCUACUUCAACAGCUGAACUCACCGUUCAAGCUGAAGAAGAAAUACCUGCCAAAAAGACAAAGACAAUUGUAUCGACUGCUCAGAUUUCCCAAACAAGACAAGCACGUUUCGAAAAGAGAGUAGAGGCUCAUUUUGAUGCGAGAUCCAGUACUACAGUUGAGAUGACAAUCGAAGGGCAACUGCCCCACAAAACUCCUCCCAGAAUUCCUCCAAAGCCUUCAUCAAAAUCACCGACUCCGCCAAUGAUUCCUACUAAGGUCCAGAUGGUGAGACAGCAGUCGCCAUCACCUGUACGGCAAUCUCCUUCUCCUGUCAGACCCGUGAGAGCCCCAGUUCCUUCACCUGUCAGGUCCGUCUCUCCGGCUGGAAGAGGACUGUCCACUUCUCCAAUCAGAUCUGUGAAAUCUCCAUCUCCUUCAAGGAGUUCCCUUGCAUUAGCUGGUGCCCUGAGGUCCCACCUCCUUGGAAGCAAGAAGUAUUUGUGUCCUCCACAACCUCACAGAUAAAGUCUGAGCAAAAGUGGGAAACAAGGGAGCAGGUGAUUGUCACUGGAUUAGAGCAGAGAGAGGUCUACGGAGCAGGAAAAACAGCAGCUGUUGCUACAGUAGUUGCUGCUGUUGACCUGGCCAGAGUGAGAGAGCCUGCUCCAAGUGCCAUUGAAGUGACUGCUAAAAGGACAGCAAUGUCUGCCGUGCAAAUUCAGCCUGUCCAUGAACAGGUUAAAAAAGAAGCUGAAAAAGCUGUAAGCACAGUAGUUGUGUCCACUGACAAAAGCAAACAAGAAACAGUUACAAGAACUGUAGAAGGAGUUGCAGCCAAGCGUGAACAAAUACACGCAAUACAAGAACAGAUUGGAACUGGCAAAAAAGCAGGCGCUGUGGCUACAGUUGUUGCUGCAGUUGACCAGGCUCGUGUCAGGCUACCUGGAUACACAGAAGAAGGCUAUGCUGAAGAAACAGCUCUGCAGUAUGAAUACAAAGAGCAUGUUUCUGCUAGGAAAACAGUUGAAUUCUCACCUGAGCGUCAAGUUGUUACUAAACCUAUAAAAGCUCCAGAAGUUCACGUCCCAACAGUACCAAAAGUUGUCCCUGUUGAACAUGUUCCAUCACCUGUACCACAGAUUAAAAGAAUUCCUGCGCCGCCAACUGUACCAGUUGUCCAAGUGGAACAAACUAUAUCACAUACACCUAUUCCUCAUUUUACCAUCUCUAAAGUCACAGUCCCUAAAGCUGAACAAACACAUGAG